AUGGCGAGUUUCGCGUCACGCGCGUCAUGCGCCAUGCUGCUGUGUGGCCUUGCUGCAGGUGGAGUACUGGAGCAGUGGUUGGAAGAUCUUCAGGUGACGCUGCCCAAGGGCACUGUGCCACCGGUCGAGGCGGAUGUGAAGAUCUUCUUGGCCACGGUGCAUGUGAAAGCCACCUUGGAUUCCUUAGUUUGUGAGGGCUUCCAGGUUGGACAUGUUGAGAGCACACCACAUGCUGCCAAAGAGGGCCUGCAAGUGUCAGUGCAGACCCAGAAGAUCACGGUCUUUUGUGCCGGGGAGGUGGAGUACUCCACCUCCGUGGGCUUGUCCGGCGUCGCCGACGCGCAGCUCCGUUCCGCGGGCGCCGCGGGCGGAGUGGAGCUGUUAGUACCGCCUUGGAGCCUAAGCCAAGAGGCUGCCCCCGAGUAG